GCGAAAGUCGACCAGACUUUGAACCCAGCGGUAGACACGAAGCGGCGAUGUUCGGGAAGCUCUUGGUCGCGCUUGGCAGCAUCCUCCUCGUCCAUGCGGGCUACUACACCGUCCAAUACGAGUCCUACGUCAAGCUCGCCGAAGUGACGGACGCGGCGAUUCCCCCGUUCGCGGCCAAAGUUGAACUGGCCAUCUCCUUUGCACUCUUCCUCGCCGGCGUGCUCGCCAUGGCCGGCGACUUUGUCCCGAUUCGGUCGACCGAGUUCUUCAACAACAAGUCCUUUGACUGGGUCGUCUCGAACCCCGAGUUUGCGACCUUCAACCACCGCGGCAAGCACUUACCGAAGAAGACCACGUAAAUGUCGAUGGUCGCCCCAUCGAUGCUAGACUCUUCUUUCGUUCAUACUACAAUACCCGUCCCUGCA